ACCAAAUAAUAUAAUUAUUAAUAAUCAUAAUAACAAUACUUUUGAUUACUAUUAUUGUUAUGGUAUUAGAGGUAUUGUUAUUUCGUAAACUGUUGACACUUUACUUUUAGUUGUGUACAGAAAAAACGUAAAUGUGCCCUUACACUUUUGAUGGGCCUAUUUGCUUCCAAUAUAGGCAAUGAAGAGUAUACAUUAGCAUCAGACUAAAUAUUCCUAAAACAUGUGCAACACAUUCCUGUUGUUAUGAAUCCUGGGUGAUGGUUAACAAAGUAAACAACCUAUGAAGAUGCUGUCUCUGUGAAUAUUUUUUAAAUUAAAAGCCAAUUGACUGACGUUAAAUAUGAUAAAGAACCAACGUUUUCUCAGCUCUGUUCCUAUAUUUUUUAAUAUGUAAUAUUAUAGGUUAAACGAAAAAAAAAAAGUGGUAUUUUCUUCCAUAGGGUUCGGCACAUUAACUUUAUAGACCAUUGCCAAAAAAAAAAUUAUGACAUUGUUUUUGUUCAUAAAAGACAUGUGGUGUCGCUGGAGACCGUGGUAAAACAGAGGAUGAAGACUCCUCCUCUGUUUCACCGUAGGCGUCAGUCUGUGGUGCUUCGUGGUACGAGGAAACAUUCGGAUGAAGUCGUAGCGAGAAGGGUUGGACCGUGGAAUAACAUUGGACAUUCCUCAUAUUUCGUGGAUCGAGGAUUUGUCUCUUUUGAUAUUUUGGCGAUGGCUGCUUGGCAACGAAACGAUCAUGUGUGGAUUGUAUUCUCCGUUCUGCUUUGUUUCUGUGAAUGGUCCGUUGCACAGAUAUCCUACUCUGUUUCCGAAGAGGUGGACAAAGGAACCGUAGUCGGGAACCUCGCCAAAGAUUUGAACCUCAAUCUCCAGCAAUUACAAUCCAGGAAUCUUGAAAUCAAUUCGGGUUACAAAAUGCAGUAUUUCCAGGCUGAUUUGAAAAGUGGAUUUUUAUAUGUUAACGAGAGGAUAGACCGAGAGGAGCUUUGUCCUAAGACGGUGAAGUGUUCUUUAAACGUAGAAGCCAUGUUGAGUGAUCCGCGAGACCUUCGUAGAAUAGAAAUUGAUAUUCUGGACGUAAAUGACAAUUCACCAUCUUUUUUGGAGGAUAUUAAGAUAAUCGAUAUGUAUGAGUCCACAUCUCCGGGAGACAGGUAUCCUUUACCGACUGCUCAUGAUGCAGACAUAGGUAGUAACGCAAUGAAGACUUACAAAUUGAGCCAAAAUGAACAUCUUUCUUUGGAUGUGCAAAGUAGUGAAGACAACAGUCUUUCUGCUGAGUUGGUGUUGCAGAAACCAUUAGAUCGAGAGAAACAGGCCGUAAUCACACUGACUCUGACCGCUGUAGACGGUGGUAAACCCCCCAGAUCAGGGACACUGCAAAUAACCGUUAACGUAAUGGACGUCAAUGACAACACUCCCGUGUUCAGUCAAUCUCUCUACAAAGCUCAGAUUGUUGAAAAUGCUGAAAUAGGAGCCACGUUAUUAACUCUCAGCGCUACUGACUUGGAUGACGGUGUUAAUAGUGAGCUUGUCUACUCGUUUGCAGCCAAGGGGCGCAAAGACCCCAGUGAUGCAUUUUCACUGAACGGAGAGACCGGCGUUAUCACAAUCAAAGCAAACAUUGAUUUCGAAGAAAAUCAAGCUUACGAUAUUCGUGUCCAAGCAAAAGAUAAAGGAUCACCUCCUCGUAUUGGACAUGGCAAGGUUUUGGUCGAGGUGAUCGACAUAAACGAUAAUGCACCAGAAAUAAUUGUCUCUUCUGUGCUGAAUGAGGUUAAAGAGGACGCUGAAUUAGGUACAGUCGUGGCUUUGGUUACUGUGACAGAUCGAGACAGAGACAAAAAUGGCCAUGCAAAUUGCAUAAUUACUGGCUCUAUGCCUUUUAAACUGAAGUUGAACUAUAAGAAUUAUUACUCUUUGUUGGUUGACGGUGCUCUUGAUAGAGAGAGCGUUUCUCAGUAUGACGUCACAAUCACAGCUACGGACGAGGGGACUCCACCUCUCUCUAGUACCAAUGUGAUCACCGUCCACGUUUCUGAUGUCAAUGACAAUCCACCGCGUUUUCCUCAUCCGGUCAUGAAUGUUUAUGUAAAAGAAAACAGCCCGACAGAUCGAGUCAUUCAUACAGUUACUGCUGUUGAUGCAGAUGUAGGUGACAAUGCAAAAGUAACGUUUGCUAUAGUAAAUAACGCGUCCUUUCCCGUGUUAUCGAUGGUAAAUAUCAACCCGGAGUCUGGCGAAAUAGUUUGUCUUCAGUCUUAUGAUUAUGAAGAAAAAAAAACAUUUCAGUUUAAAGUUCAAGCCACGGACUCUGGAGUUCCCCCGCUACGUAGUAACGUCACUGUCAAUGUUUGUAUCCUGGAUGAGAAUGACAACAGUCCCGGGAUUUUACCCCCCUAUUCUGAACACGGCUCCGUUAACAGUGAGAACAUUCCCUACUCUGCUGAAGCGGGAUACUUCGUGGCUAAAAUCAGGGCCGUAGACGCAGACUCUGGUUACAAUGCACUGCUUUCUUAUCACAUCUCUGAACCCAAAGGAACCAAUCUCUUUCGGAUCGGAACCAGCACCGGUGAAAUCAGGACUAAGAGACGGAUGAGUGACAAUGACCUGAAAACUCACCCGUUGGUGGUGUUGGUUUGUGAUAACGGGGAGCCCUCCCUGACAGCUACUGUGUCUAUUGAUGUCGUUGUGGUGGAAAACACAGGAGACCUUCAGACUCAGUUCAGACACGUGCCGCCAAAGGAGGACAGCUUCUCUGCUGUAAACCUGUAUUUGCUGAUCGCCAUUGCGUCGGUGUCAGUGAUCUUUCUACUGAGUCUCAUCUGUUUAAUAGCAGUCAAAUGCCACCGGACAGACAACAGUUUCAGCAGGUACAGCGCCCCAAUGAUCACCACCCACCCUGACGGGAGCUGGUCAUACUCUAAAUCUACUCAGCAGUAUGAUGUGUGUUUCAGCUCAGACACACUGAAGAGUGACGUAGUAGUGUUCCCUCCUCAAUUCCCGCCUGUUGAUGGAGAACUGAUCAGUAUAAACGGAGGAGACUCUUUAAGCAGAACUCAGACUUUGCCCAAUCACGAGAAGGUAUGUUAAGUGCUAAUCAGCCACACGUUUCAUUUCAUUUAAAGGUUCCAUAUAAUAAAUUUGGCCCGUCUUUGCAAUGUUAUUUUCGACUUAGAGGAGGAAGUAGGGAUUCUG